GUGCACAGCAGGUACAGGUGUGUUUCAGGCUGCAGGUGUGCGGAUCCUGUCCUGUCUCCUGACCAGAUGUUCAAAGGUCGAACAGCUGUUUGCGCUCAUAAACUCCAGGGGGAAACACGGGUGGAGUCACGGAGGCAGUUUUUCUAAAUGAGACGAAGCUCGUGCAGGAAGAGACUCUUUAUUCUGUGUGAUUCAGGGUUUUUGUUUGUUUGUUUCUGCCUUCCUGCGUUCGCUCGUUUCUCCACAUCGACACGUGACCUCCGCCUCACCUGAGAGUCCAGUUUACCUGAAGCAAACACGCCGACCGGAGUGUAUCGCAGUGAUUUCCGGGCCGAACUGAAGACGACUUCCGGAAGGAGCCUCCGGCUGCAGCGACCCGCGGUCAUCUGUCUGACCGUCUGCGAGGAAGCGAGUCUGAUUCAGAACUGGAGGAUUUCUGAACGGAGUCUGGCGCGUGGAGCUGUUGCUUUGUGAACGUCCUCACGUGGCCUCGUGCUGUUGUGGUUCCAGCUGGUCUCCGGCUGAUGUGGGCGGAGUCAUGUUUCCGGUGGACCUUCCAGAUGUGGAGGAGCUGACAUCUGGGUCGGAGCGCUGUCUGUCCGCCCUGGAGUCCGGCGCCGUGGAGGACCAGCGCUUCGGCUGCUCCCAGGUUCCGGUGACGCGGGGGAACGUGUUCUGGCUGCAGGUGUUUGAGGACGGCCCCCCCUCGUCUCGCUCCGUCCUCGCUCUGCGGUCUCCAGACGACCCGGAUCAAGGUUCUGGUCGGCCCGGUUCCUCAGAGACCCGUCAGGGCGGAACCUCACCGUCCGUCUCCUGUCCUGCAGUGCUGGCCCUGUUCCUGCAGGACUCCUGGUGGUCCCUGGAGGACGUCCUGAGGACCGCCAGCCCGUCCAGGACCGGCCUGGUCCCAGUGGCGUCCCUGGCGGAGCGGCUGCUGGUCUUCCUGCUCAGCCGGGUGGUGGAGCGGCUCCCUGGGGAGCAGCAGCUGUUCCUCCUCCACCCGCGGGCCGAGAGCUGCAAGCUGCUGUGGGAGGGCGGAGCGGCGGUGGGCUUCUACACCUUCAAGGCCCGAGGCGCCCGGGUGGACGGGUGGAGCGGCCGCUGCUACGCCCUCCCGGUCCUGGACUCGCUGCAGGUGAGGCGGAGCUGCAGGGGGCGGGGCCUCGGCCUCCGCCUGCUGGAGGACUUCUGCUCCACCUUCCAGGAGGAGGAGCUGCUGGGGAUCAGCUCCCCGCUGUCUGAGGGCCUGGUGGCAGUUCUCAGGAAGCUGCUGGGGCGGCGCCGGGACCUCCGGGACCGUCUGUAUGAGGUGGAGGCUCCGGAGGUUCUGGGGGGCGGAGCCAGACGGAACAUCUGGCUGGGGAUCCAGCUGGGCCGGUUCUCCCCCGGUUCUGCUGCGGACGGGGGCGGAACGCCGGCGGGAGUCCAGAGGAAUCCGGUUCUGGGAUCCAGCCAGCAGGUCGGGGUCUCGGCAGCGAGCCGGGAGGUUCCAGGAACAGAACGCUAGAGGACCCUUCUCCCGGUUCUGCAGUGUUAGUCUUCCAGUGUGUUGUUCUGUGUGUGUUCUCCUGUGUGCUGUCUCUUUGUGGUCCCACUGUGUGUCUUUGUGUGUCUUUGUGUGUCUUUGUGUGUCUUCGUGGUCCUGCUGUGAUGUGUUUUACUCUGUGAUGGUCAUUUCUCUUAGUUACACUCACAACUUUGUGUGUCUUCCUGGUUUUUGAUGGUUCCACAGUAGAUCAGUAGCUGUGUCCAAAUGUCCACAUGUCCACACUGUCCCCUCAACCCUCAGUCCCUAUAGAGCUGGACUACAUAGUGGACUUUCUAGAGCCCUGAAUCCAUUGGGAUUUGGACUGGCAGCUCCCUACUUUUUCCUCAGCGCUGAUCGUGUGACCCUCAGCCGUUACCAUGGUAACCAGAUCUUUGUAAUAUAUUUUUAAUGUCUCUAAUUCUGCAUUUUUCUUUCCUGUCAUAUUUCUAAUCAUUGAAGAAUAAAUAAAAAUGUAUUAUUAAUUAUUCCCGGCUCGCGCUGCUGCUCUUCCGCCAUUUUGCUGGAGAGUCGCAAUGCAUGAUGGGUAAUAUUGAGCCGUCCAGGGAACAUCGAUGCUCACUACUUUUCAUGAUGCUUUGUGGGAAAUUUCUAGUGCCCUUCUUUUUUGCUAUCUGGACGUUCGGACAGCCUACAGACGUCUUACUACACUGUGUAGUGUAGUGACACUACACACAGGACACUACACACUUACACUAUGUAGUGUCCUUUAGAGGACAUAGUGUGGACAUUUGGACACAACCGAUGACUUGAUUAGCAGAAACAAGAAGAAUCUGGAGUUCCAUUGAUCCACAUCGGGACCUGAUCACUGCUCAGACGGGGAAUGUCAGCGUUUCAUUUCGCCAGGUUUUAGUUUCUGUGUUUUUGUUUUGAAAUAAAGCGAAUCGCUUG